UAGUUCUAGAGGCACCCGAGCUGCCUGGCUGGCCCCGGAACUGCGAACUACAGCUCCCAGGCCUUCUCUAAGCCCCUACCAUCCAGGCUCAAAGCCACAAACCAGUAGGAGGUGGCUGUAUUGUAUCUAUUGUAUCCCUAUUGGUGCAUUUUUUUUUUUUACGAUUCUCUGACGUGAAAUUGAGAGUGAAAAGCAUGGCAGAUGAACAAGAAAUCAUGUGCAAAUUGGAAAGCAUUAAAGAGAUCAGGAACAAGACUCUGCAGAUGGAAAAGAUCAAGGCCCGUUUGAAGGCUGAGUUCGAGGCUCUGGAGUCUGAAGAGAGGCACCUAAAAGAAUACAAACAGGAGAUGGACCUCCUGCUACAGGAGAAGAUGGCUCAUGUGGAGGAACUCAGACUGAUCCAUGCUGAUAUCAAUGUGAUGGAAAACACCAUUAAACAGUCUGAAAAUGACUUAAACAAGCUGCUAGAGUCAACCCGGAGGCUUCAUGAUGAAUAUAAACCACUGAAAGAACACGUGGAUGCCCUGCGCAUGACGUUGGGCCUGCAAAGGCUUCCUGACUUAUGUGAAGAGGAAGAGAAACUCUCCUUGGAUUACUUCGAGAAGCAGAAAGCAGAAUGGCAGACAGAACCUCAAGAACCCCCCAUACCCGAAUCCCUUGCCGCUGCAGCUGCUGCCGCUCAACAACUCCAAGUGGCCAGGAAGCAGGACACGCGGCAGACAGCCACCUUCAGGCAGCAGCCUCCGCCUAUGAAGGCCUGUUUGUCAUGCCACCAACAGAUUCAUCGAAAUGCGCCUAUAUGUCCUCUUUGCAAAGCCAAGAGUCGGUCACGGAACCCCAAAAAGCCAAAACGGAAGCAAGAUGAAUGAAGAGCAGGUGAAGGGGUAGACCUCUGUUGGUCAUAAACCCUCUCUUUGGUCAGAGUGAUAAAUGUUCUGAUUUUUUUUAAUAUCCCUUCCUUAUCCCUACUGAGUCUUCUAUUUAAUUUGUUGGAAGAAUAACCCCUUACUCUUUGCUCUUAUUUCUUUCUGUUCUUGGAAUUUGUGGUUAAGAACAGCUGUGCUUUGGGUGCUAAUCACUGGCUCAUGACCCUCUCUCUUCCAUUCCCAUUUCUUUUACUGCCCCAGUUUGGAACUGAAUGAGGGGUAAAAGGCCCUAGUUGAUUCUCCCUUUUGUUCUUGAGGACUGGAGCCUACUGAGCUGUAGGUAUAAGGACUGGAGGAGCUCCAUGUCUUACUUUGGGAAAAGGCUUCAGUGACUUCCUUCCCUCUAUUUUUGCUUUAGGUUCUGAAGGGACAACAACUUUAUUUUUGAUGAGCUUCCCAAUGGGCUGAAUGCAUAUAUCUCCCCCAAUAUUCAAGUCAUCAUUAAAAUCCAGAGGUAACUUAGAUGAGUGUUCAUUUUAUAUAAAAUUGUGAGGCCCUUGUGUUAAUCUAUAGUUCCAAGUCUUCCAGUUAUACCGAAGUUCUUACAUACCAGACAGGGCAUCUUUGGAAUUGCAAGAACUGUGGGUCUUUCCCCAUACUGCUAAUCUUUGCAAACCAGUAGACAUUUCCUAUAGUGAAAUUAAGGACCAAGGCUCAUGCUACAAGAGUCACCUGAUUCACUGCCUAAAAUACUAGGUCUUAUUGCUGUGGUAUAGGAAUUAUCUUGGACUGAGGAACCCUAAGCUGACUUUAGCUUUGGAUUUUGUUCAAAAACAUUACUCUAAUACCUGCCCAAUGGGCUAUCAUUGUGAGGAUAGAAAGGGCUACAGUGUUACAUGAAUGCCAAUCAUUGUAUACAUGUAAGUGGGUAGGACUUUUGCUUUUAUAUUCUUUCCUCCUUUUGUCUUCUGUGAGGUAGCUUCAGGUUAGGACAGUUGGUCACUCCUUUUCUGUGGGUUAUAUUGGUGACCUUUUAUUUUCCCCAAAGAAAAGACACUUCAGCUCUUCAAGCCCCACAGCUCAUUCAUUCCUUGAUCAAAGCUAAGCCUCCUAGUCAUGUCUUAGAUCUACAGGAUAAAAAUCUAGGGCUGAUUGAUGAAAAAGAAUUAGGCUCCAGGUCUCUAUCCUGGCUGGGGAGAACAGGAGAGAUUUAUCCUAUUUUUCUUUUUAACUUUUUGGUUUGUGUUACCAUAUUAUAUGUUCAAAACAUCAAUGAUUUCUCUGCCCUUUGAAAGUAAAACUGUUAUGUUUCCAUAAAUCCUUUUAAAUAAAUGUUCAUUUGUUGGAAUAAAUGCUAA